AUGCAGAAGAUGGACUCACUGGUCACAAUUUGGUGCUUAACAUAUAUCCUACAUGUCCAGGGGAUGCCAGCAGCUGUAGAAAGAAAGGACUUGAGGAUUUAUCCUUCAGUAUUCAACACGAGGAUGAACACAUCUUCAUCUAUCAAUAGAAGCAGUCACCCUCAGGGUACAACAUUUCCCCUCUACAUGAUGCAACUCUACAAGACCCUCGUCAGUGGCAAUGGCAAUCAUACUAAUGUUCCAACCGUGGAACAGAAUGUCCUUCAAAAAUCUGAUAUGGUUCUAAGUCUCAUUGCAAAGAGCUGUAUUGUUGAGGGCAAUAAUUGGACCCUCUCCUUUGAAAUGACCUCUCUUUUUACAAGUAAUGAGCUGAAAUUGGCUGAGCUACGAAUUCGCCUCCCAUCCUCUGAGAAGUCUCGCAAUGUGACAGUAAACAUCUACCAUACCAAGGCUCACCAGGAAGUAUUCAUUGGCUCAUUCAAGACUGAUCCUUCCAUCGUACCUGGCUCUGCUUGGAAGAUUUUUAAUGUAACAAAUAUGUUGCAGUAUUUCCACAAUCGAAAGGUACUUAUCAAUGAUGACUACAUAGAGGCCAAAGACAUGACAAAAAGAGUCAGUGAGAGAAAUUCAGCAGUGAAAACAGAACCUCUAGACAAACAAAAUUCCAAUCACGGGAGAGCCAUGCUGGUAGUGUUUGCUAAGGACAAACCAUCGGGAGACAUGUUUGGAUCAUCCAGUCUCAUCAAGACAGUGGCAUCUUCCAAAUAUGUAAUGGCAGAGAAUGUCACCAGGUUGUCUGGUGUUAGGAGACACAGGAGGAACCACAUGAAGAUGAGCAACGUUCCCUCAAGGCCUCUUAAAAAUGGGACACCCCUGUGCAGGAAGGUGGAUAUGAUAGUGGACUUUAACAAGAUUGGAUGGGGUGAUUAUAUCAUCUACCCUAAAAGCUUCAAUGCCUACAGAUGUGAAGGGGCCUGUCCAAUUCCUGUGAAUGAGACUUUCAAGCCAACAAAUCAUGCAUACAUUACAAGUUUGGUCAAGAUGUUUGACCCUGACAGAGUGGACUGUCCUUCCUGUGUACCUAUCAAAAUGAAGCCCCUAUCUAUGCUACUGUAUGAGGGUGAAGAUAUAACUUUAAAACGUCAUGAGGAAAUGAUUGUUGAAGAUUGUGGAUGUCAUUAA